CGAGUGGUGGUUAGAUGACAUGUACCUGGCUCAACCUCUGUGCUUGCCAGUGAACGUCAACCCAGGCAUGCUGUUUCCUCUGCAGAACAUCAAAUCCAACAACGACAUCGCACUGCUAGCGGCUCGGGUCGUCGCCAAUGUGGCGCAGUUCAAAGAUAAACUUGAUCGGAAAGCCCUGCCGGUAGAACGCGCCACCUCCGGGAAAAAGGCCAACCGCUGUGCAUGGCCCAGUUCUACCGCCUGCUGACCUCAUACAGGGUUCCCGGUCAUGUCAAAGACUCCCUCUACAGUUCAGAGCCCGACUCCCCCUCCCCCCACCAACACGUCAUCAUCGCCUGCAGGAAUCAGGUCAAAUGGAGAAUAC